CAGAGGCGGGUAGGGUGUGCGCGCGAUCCUCAAAGUACACAUCGCGUUUAGCUGGUCAUCGUCACAUCGCGAUCUUUUCGGUCACCGGACUCCCUGCCGAGUACAUAACAACCGGUUUCCCAUACCGAGCGACUCUUCUGUUCUCCGAUUAUCUUCUAUCACGUUUCUGGAUUAGCCCGCACAGUCCGAAGAUGAUGAAAUACAAGCAAGAAGGUCUCGUGGCGGACCUGAUGCCGAACAUAAGGAUAAUGCAAAUAAGCGGCCACUUCAUGUUCAAUUAUUACAACGACGCCGGAGGAAGUUCCAUCAAAUUGUUCCAUCAAAUCUACUGCGUGGUCCACCUCGUCCUGAUCCUUCUGCAGUUCGGUCUCUGCUGCGUAAACCUGAUCCAAGAGAGCGGGGACGUCGACGACUUGACGGCCGACACGAUCACGAUUCUAUUCUUCGCUCACGCCCUGAUAAAACUCGGCUACUUCGCCAUCAGGAGUAAAAUGUUUUACCGCACAUUCGGAAUAUGGAACAACCCGAACAGUCAUCCCUUGUUCGCCGAAAGUAACGCCCGUUACCACGCAUUAGCGCUAACGAAAAUGAGACGUCUUCUGAUGGCCGUCGGUAUCACCACCAUUCUCUCGGUUAUCGCCUGGACCGGAAUCACCUUCGUCGGGGACUCCGUGAAGACCACCAUAGACAAGGAAACGAACGAGACCAUAACCGUGGAGAUCCCGAGGUUGAUGCUGCGCUCCUGGUACCCCUUCGACGCCAGCCACGGAAUGGCCCACGCGAUCGUCGUCGGAUACCAAUUCUACUGGUUGCUCAUCACCAUGGUGGAUUCCAACAUGCUGGACGUUCUAUUUUGUUCCUGGCUACUAUUCGCCUGCGAGCAACUCCAGCAUCUCAAGCAAAUCAUGAAACCGUUGAUGGAGCUGAGCGCUACCUUGGACACGGUCGUGCCGCACACCAACGACUUGUUCAAGGCCGGAAGCACCGAGCAUCUCAGGGACAACGAUCCGCCGCCCCCGCCUCCCCCCAACGAACUGCUGGACCUGGACCUGCGGGGUAUUUACAGCAAUAGGCAAGAUUUUACGGCGACGUUCAAAUCAUCGGGUGGGAUCACGUUCAACGGAGGAGUCGGACCGAACGGUCUCACCAAGAAACAGGAGAUGCUGGUCAGAAGCGCUAUCAAAUAUUGGGUAGAGAGGCACAAGCACGUUGUAAGGCUGGUGACAUCCAUCGGUGACGCGUACGGGGUCGCCCUUCUUUUCCACAUGCUGGUGUCCACGGUAACCUUGACGCUUCUCGCUUACCAAGCGACAAAGGUCCACGGAAUAAACGUGUACGCGGCGUCCGUUAUCGGUUACCUCCUCUACACACUUGGACAAGUAUUUCUCUUCUGUAUUUUCGGGAAUCGUUUGAUCGAGGAGAGCUCCUCAGUUAUGGAAGCAGCCUAUUCCUGUCACUGGUACGACGGCUCCGAAGAGGCGAAAACUUUCGUCCAAAUCGUCUGCCAACAGUGUCAGAAGGCGAUGACCAUAUCCGGUGCUAAAUUUUUCACGGUCUCUCUGGAUCUGUUCGCAUCCGUACUCGGGGCGGUUGUUACCUACUUCAUGGUGCUAGUGCAGCUCAACUAAAUACGGGACCACACCUCGCCAUGGAGCUAGCGCGCCUGCACUCGUAUAUACAUAUGUGUGUACAUGUAGUGUAGUGUGUAUGUAUAUCAUAUGUAUGCGCCUAUAUGCCUAUGACGAUACUUAUCCCCUUUCAACGCCGGUUUGAUUGGGAUCGAAAGUUCAAUCCGUCCAAAGUAGCCUUUGAUCGAGGACGUGCUUCGAUUUGUACGUAUAUCAAGUAUAAUCCCGACGGGUAAUCGCUACCGAAGUCCGACGUACACAGGCGCGCGUCGAGUCCCCAUAUACAUAUAUCUCUCCGAGUCCCAUGGGAUUUUUUUUUUUUUCUAAUUUUAACAAAAUUUCGCGCGGCUAUUUUUCGAUUCAGAAUUUUUUGAAAGUCUUCAAAGCUCGCGCCGCGUACGCCACUUUUCCGAGCGAUUAACCCCUCGACGCAUCGCGUGCAUAAGAGGAGAUUAAUUAUUGAUUCGAUCCUGAAAUGCGGAUCGAACUUGAUUUAAUCUCGCGAAGACCACGUUCGUGAUUACUGAGGUAAAAGUAAUACCGAUAUUAUGUGUAUUAUGACAACAACGGUAAUAUUCAUAUUACGUCGAUACAUCGAUUGAAUAAAUGUAAUUAGUAUUCAAAUUUUGUUUUCUUCUCGUCGUCGGCCAAUUAUUCAUAUUUCUUUCUAAUCUAUGCCUUGAUGCGGGACGAAAAAAAAACUCAAUAUAUUCGGGGUUUUUUCUAAAUUUUCGCCACGCCGUAUAAUUUUAAUUACAAAAAAUUAGAGAUUUCAACUUAAUUCAAAACGCGCUGAAAAAGUUUAUCAUUAUUCAUCGGCAGCCGGUUGGAUUUUCGGGAAUUCGAAACACGGCGGUACAUCGUGAACAAUUAUUUGAGAAGUUCAGACGUUCUGUAUACACGCAUCGAUCAGAUUCAAUGGGGAAACUUUACGCUGAGCUUAUUUACACGUAAUAUUCGCAAGUUGCGAAUCAUUGUUUUUUUACAGUAGGAGGUUAUCAACCCUGUUUCUCUGCAGUCAAUCGUUCCUGAUUUAUAAAUUUUAAUAGAUACGUGAUUUUUACAUGAAAAUAAAUGUUUCACAGUGUCGCGUGGUACUCGGUUACUCUACCUAAUAUAUAUAUUUUAAGAAAUUGAUAUUUUCGAUUCAACAUUGUAAAUAAAUGCACGAUUCUAUUAUACAUAUAUACGUCAUUGAUUUUUUGCGUAAAGAUUUUCUCAACUCUAUUUAUUACGGGUAUUUCACAUGUUCGAUCGAAACGGUUCAAACGAUUACGGUUCUGGAAAGUUGCUCUAUGAAUUCUUCAUGGGGGUUUUCCAUACUUUGUUCAAGAAAAAGACGAUCGAUCGAGGGUAACAUAAUGUUAUUACCACGGCGUAAACGAAUCGGAAAAUAAAACUUUUUUUCAAACAGAAAACUCGCGUGAGAGAGAGAGAAAAGAAAAACCAUGAAAAUAAAACCGGAGCAAAGCCAGUCUUUCUCUACGGUGGAUCGUAAGUUGAUACGGUAUCUCCCGAGAAACGUGAGAAAAAAAACGUAACGCACCGCACCUUUUCGAUCACGGGCGUCAAAAAUUUACCCCGAAAGCAAAGAGAAUC